GGCCAGAAUUUUAAAUAUUUAACAAAUACAGUAGUCAUAUAUGUGUUUUCUCCUUUUUAUGUUCUUUAAGAAUAUGAACCGUUUAUCAUGUGGACAGAUGACGAAAUUAAUUGGAGUUUAGGAGAAAAUUUGAAGAUUGAAGGAGCAGUGGAAAAUAUGCGAAUACAGGCAACAGAAAGAGGCAAUGGAAAAGAAGUGGUUGUGAUUAUUUCAUCUCUAGAUUCCAAAACGGUCUUAUACGAAGGACAAAGCAAAGAUUAUUGCGCAACGUUUACAGAAAAGACUAAAGUACUGGACUGGCACUUUCAAAUGCCCGUAGUCACUUUUGCCAUUAUUAAUGGUUCGUUAGUCGGUGCGUCAUCCAUGGAAUACAUUCAGCAGACUUCAGGACAGCAGGAGGCUGAGAGUUCUGCUAAGAGAGGUGAAGGAUCACCUGUAGAUGGAAUGAAAGAAAGUUUACCGGAAACAGAUGAACCGGUAAAAGAUGAAACGGGAACAUUAACUUUAGAAAAUACAUCUGAAGACUCUGUAGAAGUAUCGUUUCAAAAUGUACCGGAAUGGGCUUUGUUUGGCAAAGCAGCUAGAAAGGUCACAAAUGCAAUAUCAUUCAUUAGAAAGUCAUCUAGAAUUAAAUCAACACAACAGUACGAAAGUGUAUCAAAAACAGAAGUAUCCUCAGUUAAUAAUGAAAAAUCAAUGGAACAUGUAAUAAAAGAAAGCUUACCAGAAACAAAUGAACUGACAGAUGAUGAAAAAGAGUCUGAAAGUGUUAUACUUGAAGAAUCUGCAUUGAUUAAGAAGGAACUAACAGGAAAUACAAUAAAAGAAGGCCCAUCAGAAACAAAUAAACUCAGAGACGAUGAACAUGUAAUGCUAACAAUGGGAGAACAAGAAGGCGAUUCAAUGGAAGGGUCAUUAGACAAUUUUAAGAAACAGAGAUCACUUGGCAGAUUGGUUACGAAGAUCACCAAUAAAUUGCCAACCAAGUCAAAAAGAGAGUCACCUGGAAGUAAAUUAACAAAAGAAUCUGAAAGUGCAUCACUUACUGAAGAAUCUUCAUUCAUUAAAGAGGAAUUAGCAGGAAAUAAAAUAAGAAAGGGCUUAUCUGAAACAAAUAAACUAAAAGACGAUGAAGGAAUAGUGACAAGAAUGGAAGAGCCACCAGAAACAACUGAACUGGCAGAUGAUAAAAGAAAGUCUGAAAGUGUUAUGCUUGAAGAAUCUGUAUUGAUUAAGGAGGAACUAACAGGAAAUACAAUAAUAGAAGGCUCAUCAGAAACAAAUAAACUAACAGAUGAUGUACAAGUAGUGCUAACAAUGAAAGAACAACAAGAAGAUUCAAUGGAAGGAUCAUCAGACAAUUUUAAGAAGUCACUCGGCAGAUUUGUUAAGAAGGUCACCAAUAAAUUGCCAACGAAGUCAAAAGGAAAGUCACCUGGAAGUAAAUUAACAAAAGAAUCUGAAAGUGCAUCGCUUACUGAAGAAUCUUCAUUCAUUAAGGAGGAAUCAACAGGAAAUAAAGUAAGAAAGGGCUUAUCAGAAACGAAUAAACUAAAAGACAAUAAAGAAAUAGAGACAAGAAUGGAAGAGCCACCAAAAACAAAUGAACUGACAGAUGAUGAAAAAGAGUCUGAAAGUGUUACGCGUGAAGAAUCUGCAUUGAUUAAGAAGGAACUGACAGGAAAUACAAUAAAAGAAGGCUCGUCAGAAAUAGAUAAACUAACAGACGAUGAACUGGUAAUGCAAAUAAUGGAAGAACAGCAAGGAGAUUCAAUGGAAGGGUCAUCAGACAAUUUAAAGAAACAGAGUUCACUCGGCAGAUUUGUAAAGAAGGUUACCAAUAAAUUGCCAACCAAGUCGAAAACAGAGUCACAUGGAAGUAAAUUAACCAAAGAGUCUGAAAGUGCAUCGCUUACUGAAAAACCUUUAUUCAUUAAGGAGGAAUCAGCAGAAUAUAGAAUAAAAAAGGGCUCAUCAGAAACAACUAAACUAAAAGACGAUAAAGAAAUAGUGACAAAAAUGGAAGAGCCACCAGAAACCAAUGAACUGACAGAUGAUGAAAAAGAGUCUGAAUGUGUUGUGCUUGAAGAAUCUGCAUUGAUUAAGAAGGAACUAACAGCAAAUAGGCCUACAACAAUAGUGGAAAAGCCACCUGAAUAUUCAAUGGAAGGGUCUUCUGACAAGGUAAAGGAAUGGAGUUCAUUUGGCAGAGUAGCUAAGAAAGUCAGCAAUAAAUUGUCAACCAAGUCGAAAAGAGAAUCAUCUGGAAGUAAAUUAACAAAAUACUCUGAAAGUGCAUCCCUUACUGACGAUUCAUCAUUCAUUAAGGAGGAAUCAGCAGGAAAAUCAAUAAGAGAAGGCUCAUCAGAAUCAAAUAAAGUAACAGACGAUGAACAGGUAAUGCCAACAAUGGAAGCGCCUCAUGGAGAUGCAAUGGAAGAUAUUGCGGAAAGGGUAAAAAAGCAGAGUUCAAUCGGCAGAUUAGCUAGAACAGUCAGCAAUAAAUUGCUAACCAAACUAAAAAGCGAGUCAUAUGGAAGUAAAUUAACAAGAGAGCCUGAAAUCGAAGUAACAUCCAACGCCGAAGGGUCGCAGAUACAGGAUAGGUCAACAUGGGAGGGAUUGUGGCAUCUGGAACAAGACACAACCAAUGACAAAGCGAUCCGACUGAAACCAGUAAAAGACAACAAGAUUUCAUUGGAUACCACUUACGACUUCGUUACUAUCUUGGAAAAUAGAAGUAAAGUUCAAUGCGAACAAAUCUUGCCAUUCACAUGUAAAGACAAAUCUUGGUUUUUGAUGAUUUACAAGACACAUUAUAUAAACGACAAAGACGAUGAACAAAACCAUAGUUUGUGUACUAGAUAUCACGUCUUCUCACUUGAUAAGAUGAUGGGUGGUAUAUAAUAAUGACAGCAUAAUGAUUAAUACAUGAAUAAUAAGCAUAAAAAACAUGUCUGAAAUACAAAACAUAAACAAAGAACGGAUAAAUAAUUAAAAACGACAGGCUUAAUUCCUAAGGUAACCAAAAGAAGUUUUGAAAUAUAAAAAAACGUAUUUCCUCUCGGCCCUUAAACAAAUUUAAAACAAUUCCAAGUAAAAAGAACAUAAAACAAUUAACAAUUAAAAUGCAUAAAUUGAUAAGAAAAAAUUACUGUUAUAUAUUUAAGAAUUUUUUUUACUGAAUUUUAACAAUGUAAUCUGUUGUUUGUACAGGGGUUGCAGACACAUUCGUGUUAUGGCGCAUUGUUGUUGAUGCAACCCCUGGACGUUUGAUGUCAAAUAAAUAAAUGAAAUGAAAUGAUGUGGACGUCAUCUAUCAUGGCUCUCCAUAUACUUUACCUCGCCUUCACCAAUUUAUUGAUCUCCCAAUUCCUCCUCGAUUUUGUUCAUCCACUUUCUCCAAAUUGUCCAGUAUGCAAUCCAUAACCUUCCUCUACGAGCCAUGAGAAUGCCAGGUUUGUCCUACCUUCCUGUCGUAUUGUGUAAGUGUAUCUUAUUAUCAUAACUGUCUCAGUUUGAUGGUUGAUACUUUCUCUAGGUUGAUGCCAAAAUAUAUCACAAACUGUUCUUAAUUUUGACAAUGGUAAAUCAUAGUAAUUUAGCAAUGCUUUAAUGAAUAUUAGAGUUCGUCAGAUUUUAUACAAGCUUAUUAAAAGGGUGAUAUUAAGAUGCUUUUUGGAGAAAAUCUCUGUAUGUCGCCAUUCAGAAACACUGUGCUUUGCUUAUAUAUAGAUAAUUAUCAUUUUAUUAGGCCUAUCUGUGCAUAUACGUAGGCCUGCGGUUUGGCGCAGCGGUUGCGGUUCUGCUUCUUCAACUUAGAGUUCAAUCCCUAGCUGUGAAUUUUGCUGGUGUUUUUAGGCAAAGCUCUUUACAUACGCAGGGUUGGAUCUUGGUUCAAAUUUAAGGGUGGGGGUUAAAAAUGUUUCCAAAACCCACAAAAUGUUGGUUG